AAGAAAAUAAUCAUAUCAUACAUCAUUCAUUCUCUUCUCAAUGGCUGUUUCUUACUCAUUCUUGGCACUAAGCUUCUUCUUUUUCCUCUUCACACUCUCUCCUUUACCUGUUUCCGCUACUGACCACAUUGUAGGUGCCAACCGUGGCUGGAACCCUGGGAUUAACUACACUCUUUGGGCUAAUAACCAUACAAUUUAUGUCGGUGACUAUAUAUCAUUUAGGUACCAAAAGAACCAGUACAAUGUGUUUUUAGUGAACCAAACAGGUUAUGACAACUGUACCUUAGACAGUGCUGUUGGGAAUUGGAGUAGUGGGAAGGAUUUCAUACUAUUCAACAAGUCUAUGAGAUAUUACUUCAUUUGUGGUAAUGGACAAUGCAACAAUGGAAUGAAAGUCUCAGUUUUUGUCCAUCCACUUCCUUCUCCUCCUCCUUCCUCAUCUCAACACAACCAUUCAUCACCAAAUUCUGCUGCUCCUAUGGUCUUGGAAUAUUUGGGACACAAGUUUCUAAUGUUGUCUUUUGUUUUUGUUAUGUUUGGAUAUGUUUUGGUCUAACCAAUGUUCCACUUUGCAAACCUUAAUUAGCAUUCUUAAUUCAUUGUUUUGUCUAAUGAAACUUCCUAAUUGUUAACUUCAAUUACUUGCUAGUGGUAAUUCAAUUGAUGCGACAUGUUACAAGAUUUUUAUAGUACAUGAUGUUACAAGUCUUUUAUAGUAGUAUUUAUUUAUUUUAAAGUUCAAUUUGCAUUA